CCUCGCUCCAUCAGGAGGUAGCGAAUUAGUCUGGAGUAGUUCAUAAUAUUGUUUUUCUCCACGACUUUUUUGAAAGCCAUUACACUAACUCCAUCACAAUGACGCUACAAGAAUGGAGUGGCCAGAUGUCGGCGUAUGGCGUGAGCAAUCAAACGGUCGUCGACAAAGUGCCGCAGGAAAUGUUACAUCUGGUCGAUCCCCACUGGUUCCAAUUUCCACCAAUGAAUCCCCUUUGGCACGGUCUAUUGGGUUUUACAAUUGGCGUACUCGGCUUCAUUUCAAUGGUCGGCAACGGUAUGGUCAUCUACAUUUUCUCAUCAACAAAGAAUCUGAGGACACCAUCAAAUUUACUUGUAGUAAAUCUAGCCUUUUCUGAUUUCCUAAUGAUGUUUACAAUGUCACCUGCUAUGGUUAUCAAUUGUUAUUACGAGACCUGGGUAUUUGGUCCUUUUGCCUGUGAAUUAUAUGGUUGCGCUGGUUCAUUGUUCGGCUGCAUAUCUAUCUGGACGAUGACUAUGAUUGCUUUCGAUCGCUACAACGUCAUCGUCAAGGGAAUAGCCGCUGAGCCGAUGACAAAGAAGGGAGCUUUAUUACGGAUUCUAUUCGUAUGGUUUGCUUCAUUGGCUUGGACAUUAGCGCCUCUGUUUGGAUGGAACAGAUAUGUCCCAGAAGGUAACAUGACUGCGUGUGGUACCGACUAUUUAACUAAAGAUUGGUUCAGUCGCAGUUACAUUGCUGUUUAUGGAUUCUUCGUUUACUUUGCCCCCUUGUUGCUGAUUAUCUACUCAUAUUAUUUCAUUGUUAAGGCCGUUGCCGCUCAUGAAAAAUCAAUGAGGGAACAAGCUAAGAAAAUGAAUGUCGCUUCUUUAAGAUCAUCGGAGUCCGCAAACACUAGUGCUGAAUGUAAAUUAGCUAAGGUUGCACUAAUGACCAUUUCUCUUUGGUUCCUGGCGUGGACUCCGUAUUUGAUCAUUAAUUUCACCGGCAUCUUCGAGAGCGCGCCGAUCAGCCCGCUCGCCACCAUCUGGGGCUCUCUCUUCGCUAAAGCUAAUGCUGUCUACAAUCCUAUUGUAUACGGUAUUAGUCAUCCACGAUAUCGAGCUGCUCUGUACAAGAAGUUCCCAUCCCUUUCCUGUCAAGCGACGUCAGACGAAGUUGACUCGGUUGCGUCAAACGUCACAGCUGUGUCAAACGAGAAACCAGCGGCGUGAAUAUUCAAGGAAACUAAUUAAUGAUUCAUCUACUCUAAGAACGGAAAACUAACGACUGGCUUUGUUUUAUGGUUUGAUUACAGAAUGUAUUAUAAUAAAAGCAAACGGUUUUUACCGACAUGAAGAUUA